AUGCUUUUGGAAAUUCAAAGCUCAUCUUUAAAUAAUUCUAGUCAAUAAUGUAUAGAAAAUUCUUAAUAACCUCUGAAUACUUAAAAAAUUGAGGAUUUAGAUAUAGAAAAUGCAGUUUAUUUAUAAAAAUAAGAUUACUCAACAUUAAAAGAUUUAAAAAAGCAUAUAAGCACUCCUUUUUUGCAUUGUCCUUAAGUUACAUUUAGAUAUACUUAAGGUUAAGAAGGGUUAGAACUUACAACCUACUUAAAAGAAAUUAAAAAUAACAUUUAAUGUUUUGAAAAUAUUAUAUUUGUUAUCAAAUUCUCUAAAUCAAUUGACGAAUGCAAAUAAAAAUAUCAUAAAACUAUAAUAGGAGGGUAUUAAAAUGAGUUUAUGAUAGAAUGUAAUAUCAAAACAAAAAAAAUCAAACUUAUCUUAGACUAUCUUACUCAGUUUACAUAUAUUGAAGAUGUUAUGAUCUAGAAAUAUGCUUUACAACAAUCAAAAUUCAAAAAUUUAGAAGGUAUCCACUUACAAAAAGAGCUUUUUUAAAACUUAUACUUAAUAAAACAAAUAUCUAAAUUUAAUACCGUUGAAUUUGCAGUGUCUCAAGCGUUUUUACCAAUGAACUUUUAUAAAAUAUUGGAUGUAUGGAGAGAUCUAAGAGUCUUAGUUAUAAGUUGUGAGAAGAGUAAGAUAACAAUAGAUAACCUUAAAAAAAUAAUGUAAAUAAAGUUAUUUAAUCCUCAAAGAGAAUUAACAAAAAUGAUUUAACCUAUCUUGGGAGAAAAUAUUUCAGAAAACUAUUAAAAAAUAAUAAUAUGUGAUUUUCCUUUUAAUUAAGAUGAGCUUGGGGGAUUAGAAAAUAUAAAAAAUAUAAUAAAGUUAAAAAUCGAUUUAGACGUAGAUUUUAAAAUUCAACCUUAUUCUCCCAUCGAACUCUUUAAAUACUUAUCAACUUAAAAAAAUAUGAACUCUCUUUAUUUUAGAUGUUUACCUUAUCCUCCAACUUAAAGACUCAGCCAAUAAGACUUUGGAAACAUUUGCACAUAGAUUAUUAAAAUUAAAAGUUUAACUAAUUUAUAUUUAGAUAUGAAUUUUAACAACAUCUAAAUAGAAAGAAUUAAUAGAUUAGAAUUUAAAAUUAAUUAAAAAUAAGUUUAUGUAAAAUUUUUAAAAUUACUCAAAGAAAAAUUCCCAAAAUUGCAUUAAACUAGAUGGGAAGUAAAAUUCGAGCUUAUAAACAUGUUUCUUACUGAAAAAAUGAGAGAAUUGAAAACUACUUUGCCUGUUUCUGAUAAAAACAGUAGAAAAAACCCUAUUUAUUCAGAAUAUUUCUGUAAAUUUUGA